CAACAGUUUAUAAGAAUUUAACUUCAAUUUAAUUCUUGGUAUCUUUUUCCGGGUGGAUAUUGAUACGUUUAUUUAAGUUAUAACUAGAAAAAUCAAAAUGAAGUUUUUCUCAAUUGUUUUUGUGAUAUGGAUUCCAAAUAUUUCAUGUUUUCUAAGAUGGCCAUCUUAUGACAAAGUUGAAUACAGAGAAGAAAUACCUGUAAAAAUAUCACAAGGUCUGCGUACAAGACGAUCAGCAGACGGCAGCAUUUAUCCAAAGACUUAUGACCUGGACCUAAAAGUUGAAGGGUCACAAGUUCAUUUCCAUUUAGUACGGAAUGAUGACAUCAAGACUAAUGUUCCAACUUUAUCUUUGAAUCAAGGAAUACUAACAGACAUUUACCUACAAGAACAAAAGGAGUCCAUAUUUUAUCAAGAUAUCAAGAAAGGAGCAUCGUUUGUAGUUCAACAAGAAAAAAAACAGUCAGAAAGCAUGUUCGGCACUUUCAAUUCUGGUGGUGACAGUUUUAUCCUCCAAUCUCCUAAAGGAAGAUUGUCUUCGUUACAUUCCGGCAGCAACAGAUUUGAGUUAAUAAAAGAGAUUAGAAAUCGGACUGAGUUUGGAGAUGGAUUACAAUCCGGUGAUGAUUUGGAAAGUUUACCUGUAAGAAAACAUCAUCGACAGAAAAGAGCCACAGGAUCGAACCAAAUAGAACUAUUAUUAUUUUGUGACUAUGCUAUUUAUGAUUAUUGGUACAGCCAAAGUGAAGCUUCGGCACCAUCUGCAAAAGAGACUGAAGCACUUACAUCUGUCCGCCAAUAUUAUGCCUUUGUUUUAAAUGGGAUGGAUGCUAUGUAUAAGAAUAUCCAGACGUCUGAUUACACGAUAUCGGUCUUAUUUGCUGGGAUAGUUAUAUCGCAGACGCCAAAUGACGCCCCAUGGACUGAAAGUAUUAAGAAUACAGCUGUUUCACCCAACACAGUUGAUUCGAAAGAAUGCUUGAACAAGUUUACUGCAUGGAUUAACGCAAAUUCAUCCCAUUUACCGGAAAGAGACCAUUCUAUGUUAUUUACCAGAUAUGACUUAUCAUAUGUUGGAUCAACUUCAAAUGCUGGACUGGCCUGGACAGGUGCAAUUUGUGGUUUAAAAAGUCAAUCUAUCGUACAGGAUGGCUUUAACUUUAUUAUUGUUACUGUAGCAGCACAUGAACUAGGACACAGUCUGAGCGCCAAACAUGACGGGGAUGGAAACUCGUGCGAUAUGAACGGUGCCUAUAUAAUGGGUUCAUCAAGUAGUCCUCAACAAGACACCAAAGCAACGCACCCAUGGAUAUUUUCUACUUGCUCUACAGACUACUUUACGUCACAGAUAGACGCACUUGAAUUGUCAGGAGAAAGCAAUAAUUGUAUGAAGUCACUGGGAUCCAAUUUUGAUCCAACUGCAUUGGCCCCGUAUGACCAGUCAUUAGCCGGACAAGUGUAUGACGCCGAUGCCCAGUGUGCUCUUAUUAACAGGAACGGAUCUAACAUGUGUAGGGGACAGUACAAUGGUAAUUAUGAAUCAAUAUGCAACGUUCUAUGGUGUUCUAAUCUAGAGGGUACAUCUUGUUAUUCGUCAAUUGCAGGAGAAGGCACUCUGUGUGGCAAUAAAAAGUGGUGUGUUUCUGGAGUAUGUACAUCAGAUAGCAAUGCUCCAGCUGGUAAUGAAAACUGUCUAUACGGCGAUAGACGAGGAGUGAUAUUUAAUAAUGUUGGAUGGACAUGUGCUGACAUGUACACUAAUGCGCCUCACAAUUGUGAUACUGCAGAAGUGCAAGUACUAUGUUGUGCUUCGUGUAACCCAGAAACGACAACUGUUGCAGUAACAACAGAAACCCACACAACAACAAUUAAACCAUUGACUACAACUGAGUAUUUAACGACAACAGAAUCAGUUACAACAGAGCCUCUGACAACAACAGAAUCAGUUACUGCAACAGGGCCUCUGACAACAACUGAAUCGGUUACUACAACAGAGCCUCUGACAACAACUGAAUCGGUUGCUACAACAGAACUUCUAACAACAACUGAAUCAGUUACUACAACAAAGCCACUCACAACUACUGAAUCAGUUACUACAACAGAGCCUCUGACAACUACUGAAUCAGUUACUACAACAGAGCCUCUGACAACAAUAGAUUCAGUUACUACAACAGAGUCUCUGACAACUACUGUAUCAGUUACUACAACAGAGCCUCUGACAACAACUGAAUCGGUUACUACAACAGAGCCUGUAACAACAGCUGAAUCAGUUACUACAACAAAGCCUCUGACGACAACUGAAUCGGUUACAACAACAGAGCCUGUAACAACAGCUGUAUCAGUUACUACAACAGAGCCUCUGACGACAACUGAAUCGGUUACUUCAACAAUGCCUGUGACAACAACAGCACCUCUAACAACAACUGAAUCGGUUGCUAGAACAGAGCGUCUGACAACAAAUGAAUCGGUUACUAUAACAUUGCCUCUGACAACAACUGAAUCGGUUACUACUUCAGAGCCUUUCACAACAACUGAAUCUGUUACUUCACCAGAACUUCUAACAACAACUGAAUCAUUUACUACAACAGAACUUCUAACAACUAGAAAAUCAGGACAGUUUGAAGCUUCUGUGACAAUGGAUAAAACUUGGAAUCCAGCAUUUGCUAACUCCUCGAGCACAGAAUAUUUAGACUUACAGAAAAACUUUACCAAGCAGCUUAUAAAUAUGUAUGAAAAUACAACAAUUAAAGACGAUAUUGAGAAUGUGACAAUCACUGGAUUUAGGAAUGGCAGUGUUAUUGCGGAUUAUAUCAUAGAACUAAAACCAGGGACAACCGAAUCGGAAACAACUAUAACAAAUAUUACAAAACAAGCAGUAGAAAACAUCAAAUCAAAACCGUCACCCGAGUUUGACCUCAUACAGUUGAUUAACACAGACAAAAUUGUUGUCGAAAAAGUAAUAGCAAAAACAACUUAUGGAAUGACGUCGCCAGCAACUGAGACUACAACACAGUCAGUAGAGACAACGGAUAAUUUAGAGCCUCUUAUAAUUGGUAUCGGUGCAGUUUCUGGGGUUAUGAUAUUAGGCAUUGGAAUUUGCAUUAUUAUUUGUUGUAUGCGUUCGAAGAAAUCAUCUGAAAAUACAGAUCAAACAAAAAAGUCAAAUGUAAAUCGAGAUGAUCAUGUUGAUGGCUACACAAAUCAUGGAAUGACCCUAGACAGUGUUCGGGAAUCUCAGUCUUUCAAGGGAUAUGAAGGAAGAACAUCAAAUAGGCAGCCUUUAGAUCCUUGUAGAAUAUCGUAUGGGAAAUCAAACAAUACUCACCCAGCAUGGUAUCCAUAUUAUAAUGCACGAGAUACGAUGUCUGGUUUACGUGGACAUUAUAAUGAAGGGUUUUAUUCAUAAUGCCACAUCUAAAGCUUACGACAAGAACUCAUAGCAAACAUACACAUGAUAAAGGAAUAUGAUGUCCUAGCUGGUUAGGGUAACACGCGACCCACAGUUAAGUACCAGCCAACAAGUUUGUGAUAGAUUGGUGUGUUGCGUUAAUAAUAUAUGAAUACCAUGAUUCAUAGGUUAUCUGAUUCUAGAUCAUCUCAAUAAAAGAUAGACUCUCCAGGGUAAUUGACAAGAUCUUGAAGAUUUGCAGUGAAAAUUGCACAUAUGAACUAUAUAAAGAGCGAACAAUAAUCAAAACGAGAUCUCAAUUACCUGGAUAACUAAGUUUGAUAUGUCUGUAAUAAAACUUAGCAUUUCGUAUAAAAAUUUAAACAUUCUUUUUCAAAUCGUAGGUCUUAUAAUCGCAUAUAAACAUGUUUUACAUUGAUAAAAUCAUAUUUCAUAUGUAAACUUUAUAAAGAGUCGCAACGUCCAACAAUUGUAUCUAAUUUUGAAAUUAGAGGCAAUAAAAUCCUCACAAAAAUUAAAAGAA